UUUAUUUCAUAAUAAAAAAAAGUGUAUACAAAAAAUAGUUCAAUGGAAAGUACUGAUUCUUCUAAUACUCAACCUUACCCUCAACUUCCUCCUGGUUUCCGUUUCCAUCCUACGGAUGAAGAACUUAUUGUUCAUUACCUUAAAAGGAAGGCAUCUUCUUCCCCUCUUCCCGUCUCGAUUAUCGCCGAGGUCGAUUUGUACAAGUUUGAUCCAUGGGAGCUUCCAAGUAAGGCAAUAUUUGGAGAGCAAGAAUGGUACUUUUUUAGUCCAAGAGAUAGAAAGUACCCAAAUGGGGCCAGGCCAAAUAGAGCAGCAACUUCAGGUUAUUGGAAAGCAACAGGAACUGAUAAGCCAAUAUUAGCAUCUAAUGGAAAUCAUAAAGUUGGUGUUAAGAAAGCUCUUGUUUUUUAUGGUGGUAAACCUCCAAGAGGUAUCAAAACUGAUUGGAUUAUGCAUGAAUAUCGCCUUAUGGAUGCUACUUCUUCCUCUAAAUUGCCUCAUACUCUUGUUGAUCAUUCAAAGAAAGCCUCUCUUAGGCUUGAUGAUUGGGUAUUAUGUCGAAUCUACAAGAAAAACAAUUCCCAAAGACCAUUAGAUCACGAAAGAGAUGAUCUAAUCGAAGAAAUGAUCAAACAACAAAAAUUCAUGCGAACAAUUUGUUCCAAACCUACAUCAACCGUUGGAUUAAUGAUUGAUCAUCCCAAUAAUACCAAUCACAAUCAUGAUCAACAACAUAUAUUUGAUGUAUCACAAUUAAGAACAUCAACAUCAACCCAUCAUGAUCAUCAUCAUGAUCUAUAUGGAUUAUCCUCUGAUCAUCAGAAAACAACUUCACUUUAUUGGGAUGAUCAAAUGGGGUCCGUUGGAUCAUCAUCAAGUACAAGAUUUCACCAACAAUCUGAUCAGACGGCUGGGAAUACAACUGAUGGAAAUAAUUCAUCAUUUGUUUCAAUGUUAAGUCAACUUCCUCAAGGAAUGAAUAAUACAAGUGUCCCUUUUAAUAUGGGGAACCCCUUAUUAGUUGGGAAUAUUGCUGAUGCUGUUUUAAGGCCAACAUGGAAUUCAUAGGAUUUUUCAUCAAAAUAUUUAAGUCAUUAUAUAUAUUAUAUUGAAGCAAAAUAUUCCUACAAAUGUAUUAAUUAAUUAAU